AUGGGAGCCUAUUAUGGCGCCCACCCACAUUCCGCCCCCGUCGUUUCACCUACAACCGAGAACCAGCCAGUGCCUCAAUAUAACGACGCCAUUGAGUGGUUUGAGCAAGACUUUGCGGCCACGCGGGACGGUCGAUAUGACCCAGCCGUGGCACAGCUCAUCCUGGCUCAGGCGGCAAUUGAGACGACCACCGAGCUUCUGACGCAGGUGAUUCUUGACCUGGCACAACAUGCUGAGCUGGCCGAGGCCCUGCGGGAGGAGGUCGCCCGGGUCAUCCAGGAGGGAGGUUGGCGCAAGUCGUCGCUCUACGAAAUGAAGUUGCUGGACAGUGUGCUGAAAGAGAGUCAGCGUCUCAAGCCGCUAGCCAUGACAUCAAUGCAUCGACUUGUCCUCGAGGAAAUGACCUUAUCCGACGGGACUCGUCUACCCAAAGGAAGUGUCAACGGGGUGUCCGCAGAUCGCAUGUGGGACCCCAGUGUUCACGAGAAUCCGACGCAGUUCGACGGGUUCCGAUUUCAGCGCAUGCGUGAUCAACCCGGUGGCAGCGCCAACCAGGCGCACCUGGUCAGCACGAGUGUGGACCAUCUGGCCUUCGGCCAUGGAAAACACGCAUGUGCCGGUCGCUUCUUCGUUGCCCAUGAGGCCAAAAUCGCACUGACCCAUCUAUUGCUCAAGUACAACUGGAAGCUUGCCCCCACUUCCGCCAAUGCGAAACCCAUGGAAUUUGGACUCGUGCUGCAGGCGAAUCCGAAAGCCAAGAUUUCUAUUCGAGAACGCUCGAGGGAUAUCCAGGGGCCCCUCCUAGCUUGA